AUGAAGUCCGCCGCCCUGCUUACUGGUCUCGGCCUCUUGGCCUCUCUGGGUCUUGCUAGUCCUGUCACGUCCGAGUAUACGAGCGUGCGAGAGGCUCCUUUCGGAUACAAGCCUGGUUCUAAGGAAUCUAUUGAGAACCUGAAGGACAAGGUCGAGAACAUUGUCUGGCUUAUUCUCGAGAACAGAUCCUUCGACAACAUCCUAGGAGGCGUGCGCCGCCAAGGACUCGAUAACCCGAUCAACAACGGACCUUUCUGCAACUACAAGAAUGCGAGCGACCCAUCCUCUGGAAAGUACUGUACUCAUGCCAAGGACUACGAUUCCGUGUUCAAUGACCCCGACCACUCCGUGACGGGUAAUAACUUGGAGUUCUACGGGACUUACACCCCAAACAAUGGUGCAAUUGCUAGUGGCAAGGUCGUCGCCGACCAGUCCGGCUUCCUCAACGCACAGCUCAACGACUACCCCAAGCUGGCCCCAGAAGAGGCGACACGCCAAGUAAUGGGAUACUACACGGAGGAGGAGGUUCCGACGCUUGUAGACCUUGUGGAUGAGUUCACGACUUUCAACAGCUGGUUCUCGUGUGUUCCAGGACCCACCAACCCGAACCGCCUGUGCGCUCUGGCAGGAACCUCUGCUGGACAUGGCAAGAAUGAUGAUGACUUCCUGAACUAUGGCAUCGCUUCUAAGUCCAUCUUUGAGGCCGCUAACGAGAAGGGCGUGUCCUGGCUCAACUACGAUGGCACCAACGGAGAAUUCGAGCCGGAUUCCCUCUUCUUCACCUACGUCAACCAGACCUCCCGGUCCAACGUGGUGCCUGUCGAAAACUUCUUCCAAGACGCCUACUUGGGUGUCCUGCCCAAAUUCUCUUACAUUAACCCCUCCUGCUGCGGCACCAACACGAACUCCAUGCACCCCACCGGCAACGUCUCCUACGGUGAGGUCUUCGUCAAGCAGAUCUACGACGCCAUCCGCCAGGGCCCCCAAUGGGACAAGACCCUGCUCUUCAUUACCUACGACGAGACUGGUGGCUUCUACGACCACGUCGCUCCCCCGCUCGCCGUCCGCCCGGAUAACCUGACCUACACGGAGACUGCAAAGAACGGCCAGAGGUACACUCUUCACUUCGACCGUCUGGGCGGCCGCAUGCCGACCUGGGUUAUCUCCCCUUACAGUAAGAAGGGAUAUAUUGAACAGUACGGAACGGACCCCGUCACAGGCAAGCCCGCUCCUUACAGUGCUACCUCCGUCCUCAAGACUCUCGGAUAUCUCUGGGAUAUCGAGGACUUCACCCCUCGUGUCGCCCACUCUCCCUCUUUUGAUCACCUGAUCGGCAAGACUUUGCGUGAGGAUGCUCCUAUUGCUCUCAAGACUCCCCAUACCUUUUCGAUAUAA